AUGCCUGCAAGGAUUACAGCCGCAAAAUCGGCUGCCUGCACUCUCGCGCCACGUGCUCUGGGCAGCAAAAUGCUGGAGGAAGGCAAUUCUCCCCACAACGUCUUCCGCUUGCCCCACAAGGCCUUCAAGGAAAUGCCCCCCCAAGAAGCAGCCGCUGCCGUGGCCCCAAGGAGAGGCCGGGACCCCGCGAACCGCCUCCACGGCGCCGGAAGAGCCGCGAAAGGUAAGAGGGAGGGGGAAAGCGCCCUUGCAACUGCCCAAAAUAAAAUUAACAACAAAAAACCCCUAAUAAAGAAAAAAACGCUCGGCGGGUAUCAGUGAGGCCAGAGAGGCCCGCUGUAAGGUUCCUCCGCCAGCUGCUGGACUACCGGGCCUCGGGACGGGCCUGGCGUCCACAGAAAUGCAAAAGCUGGGGCGCAGGAAGCAGCUACCAGCCCGUGAAAGAACCGGCCUCCAAACGCCUAAAUCGAGAGGCAAAGCCUCAGACGGCCGGGGGGGGGGGGCACCCUCUGAGCCCAGCAUUUUCGUCCUGCUAAAAUAUUUUUAAAUUUUAAAACUGGGUUGAAGGGAAGAAUACAAUGGGAUGGGAAAAGGGGAAAGGGGAAGGGGAAAGGGAAGGGAGGAAAGUACUAGAGGGAAGAAGCGAGGGAGAAAAGUACUUAAAACCUAAGGCCAAGGGAAAACGAAAGUAGAUUGCAAGCAAGCUCAUAUACAACCGUCUCCACAGCUCCUGAUCCGGUGCAAAACGGCCAAGAGGACGCCCAACGUCGGGUGUCCUGUAUUUAAAGACUCUGACCCCUCCUCCAAAUUGGCAACAAUCAAAACUCCCCAGCAACCCAAUUUUAACCACUUAAUGGCUUGGGUUCAUCCCAAAUCUGCCCAGUAACAGCAGGGUGGCUUGUUUCCCCAACCGCAACACGUGCUCUCUGUUAGGGAGAACACGCUUUAUAGGGAACUAAGGUAAAAAUCAUAACAGGAGUCUAUGACAUGAAAGAGGCUGUGCAGUACAAAUACAAUCUGGUUCUCAUUUCAUUAUCAGAAAAUAAUUCAAAUUUAUUUCUGCUUCCAAGUAUCUUUAUUAUUUUAACCAUUUUAACCAUUUACACCAGAAUACUUUGAUAAUAAAUACUCACAAUAUAAAAAGGAAGAAAAGGAGGAUAAAGAAACAACUAAUAACAAACUACAACAAAGAGAAAAAUAUUAUAUAGAUCAUUAUCUUAACCACGCAUAUCUGUUUAACAAUAUAGCUAAAUUAUAGCUAAUCUUAUUCCCCAAAUAUGUGUCAUUCCAGGCCAUAAUAAAUAAGGACCAUGUUUCCAUACAGCUACUAACAGGCACAGCCUCCUCUCUUUUAUAAAAUGUGAGUUCUAAUAAUGUUACGUUUUUUCAUAUUUCAACAAGCCAUUGUUAUAUAAACGAUGCUGUGGUUUUCUUCUAAGAGUUUGCAGUUGCUGAUUUUGCUGCAAUUGGCAGAGUUAUGACCAUUUCCAGAUCAGAAUCAGGUACCAGGAGACCUUUCUUUUUUUUUAAAAAAAAAGAAAUAUAUCAGAACAGACACAUAUGCACUGCCUGUUGACCAUCAUCACCUCGGGAAAUGCUGCUGAAUCCUCCCCAAAGAACAACAGAGCUCAUCAACUGCCCUAUUCUAAAGCUUUUGUGUUCUUUUGGAAGCCCUGUUUCACCCACCCACGUGCUUCUUGUUUCUCAGUUGCCCCAUGUGGACUCUGAAUCCUGCUGGUACUCACCAGCUGAGGCAGCUAUUAGGGGGAAUGAUAAUUACAAGAUUCUUUGUUAAAAUAAAAAUAAAUAAACUUUAACACUUUUUGUAAAUCCAUUCAUCCCUUUUUCACCAUCUGCUAGUAUCAAGGAAACGACUUUUAAAAUAGUGAAAUGGUAUCAUGCCAUUAUAUUCUUUUAAAAAGGUGACAUAAUAUAAGUCAGAAGAUAUGGGGCAAUAGAGGAGCACGUCUUCGAACUCUUGCAUUAAAUGAAGCCAUUGCAUGCAGGGGCGGAGGAAGGGGGUGCGGUAGGUACAGCCCAUCCCGGGUGUCACCAUUGAGGGGGUGUGUGACAAAAUGCUGGGUGGCACUCACAGCGGGGCCUGCAGUGCAUCCAGCUACGCAUCUCUCCUGGGAGAGACAUGGUGGCUUGGACGUGCACAGCCUCUACACUGCCCCAACAGUCCACCCACUGCCUCGUCGCCCCCCAAGCUGUAGGGCAGCUGGGACUUCCGGGUUAGCGCCUCCGGCAAUGGCAGAAUUCCUCUGAUCGGGAGGAAUCCGCUCCGUGGAAAUCAGGGUCUGGCUGCCACGGCAAAGGCGGAGACCCAUUAAAAACCACAGGCGGGAGAAGCUUGUGGACGUGGGAUUCGGCUGGCACCUUUUGCGCCUCCCCUACUCGCGGGGAAACCCGGUUUAGGGGAUUCGGAGCGACGUGGGGUGAGUGGCGCGGUGCUUCAAAUCGACUGCUUCUUUCACGGAGUGAAGCCGCAUUGCUGUUGCCGGAGAGCGCUGACCUUUUCCUGUGGACAAUUUGAUCUUAAAACAACUACCCGUGAGUAGAACGGAAAAUUGGACUCUUAAACGUCUUAAUUUGGCACCGAAACGGGGAGGUUUCAAACAGGAAGUCCGCCUUCCCCUUUUGUAAAUAGAUUGAAGCAAAGAGGCUGCAAGCUAAAGCCUUGGAAAGCCUUUCAUAAAGGAUUAAACUUCCAUCGGUUAAAUCAUCAAACCCCCCUUGGAAGCAGGAGAAGAGGGGGGAACUUUAAGAUCGCGUAAGCCUGCAGGAGAGAGUGAAGAAAGUCAAAUUACCACCGCUCUGAACCUGGAAACGGGCUGCUAGUAAGAUUGAAGUUUUGGAUAUGCUCAUUGAUUGUGAAUAGAUCGUCUGCUGACAGUAGGUUAAAGAAGAGAAAUACAUUGUCUCCAUUGUCUCCUUCUGCGUUCAAAAGGAGUAAAAGUUACUGAAAAUUGAAACUAACUUUAUUGUUUGAACUGUGCUUAAAAGGAUUGAUACAAAUAGAAAUUGUUUCCCCUAGAGGAAGCCUUUGAAAUUGUUACAAGAGCUGAGCUGGAGGAAUUUCCACCUGCAAGAUAAAACUGUGAGAAUCUGGGAUUGACCUUGGACCGUUAAGAAUGUUGACAGAAGAAGCCUUAGUGGUUGCAUUAUGUAAGAUUAAUGAUUCACUGGAACAGCUUCAUAAGAAGACGGAUGCGAGGACUAUAAACAUUGAUAACUUGGAACAAAAAGUGAUUAAUUUGGCACAAAAAGUCAAUAUUAAUACAGAAAUGAUUCAGGAAUCGAUACAGGGAUCUAUUUUGACAUGGCAAAUUGAGGGGAAGGCGGGGGAGAAAGUUUUUGCUGUGGAACCUAAAGUGGCACAAGCCCCAGGGAGAGAGCCCCAGCCUUACAGUUGCAAUUUGAUGAUUAUAAGUUGAUGCCUUUCAAGAUUGAAUUUAGAGAAAGUCAGACUUUUAGGAUUGGAGCCCCGCUUGGACUGGAGAAAGAAAGUUGGAUAGAUCCCCCCAUGCAGGGGUUUAUUGACCUUUGGGACCUGGACUUGGGUCAGGAGGAGACUGGAGUUGUGGGGACCGCCAGACUUGGAGGAACUUUGAAAUACGACUGGAAAUAUCUUUUGAAUUUCAGUUCUAACUAUGGUGAUUUGCCUUUUCUUUUCUCCCUUUCUGCCAAGGGUGAAAUGAUUUCCUUCAGAGGAUAUCCCAGUGAGACAUAUGAAGUGGUGACAGAUGAUGGGUGUAUCCUGAGUAUUAACAGAAUUCCUCAUGGGAAAAGAAAUAACUGGGAAUCAGGUGAGUGUGUUUUUUGAGGUAUUUAUUAUGUAUACAUGAAAAUACUAUGAGGACAUUUAAAAUUAUUAUUUAAAAAAUGAUAAGUUUUUGCUUUGGAAUUUGUUUACUUAUUGCAAGAAAACCUCAACAAUCUGUUUGGUUAUGGGUGAUUAUUAAUAUGAUUUUAUUAAUUAUAUGUUUUGGUCCUAUUUUUUCUAAAAAAAUUCCCAAAAAGGCCAUAGAUUACCAUAUGUUCCGGCAUACAAGGUGAUCUUUUAUCCCUGGAAAAUCACCCCAAAAGUCGGGGGUUGUCUUAUAUGCCGGUUAUACGCGUUGGAAAGGAGGAGAGGGAGCUGGUGAGCAGAGGAGCCCCUUCUGCCGCCACUCCUCCUCCCUCCCCACUCCUUCUGAGUGUGGCACUCACCUUCCCGCCUGCCAAACACUUCGCCUCGGGCUGCUGCUGCUGCAACGUCAGAGGCAGCAGAGUGGUGUGCGCUCUGCCCCUGGCAGUGCUCAAACUCUAUAACUCUAAAACUCUAAAAUUGAACAGCAAAAGUUGGGGGUCGUCUUAUAUGCCCAGUUGCCUAAUAUGCCUAAUAUCUACGGUAGGUUAAACACAUUUUAGUCCUUUCUUGAGCUAUUAGGUCCUCUGCAUGGAGAAUAUGGAGAUAUGCUAUUGGGUGACAGAGAAAAGGCAGAACUGCUUUGCCUCUGUCUUGCUUUUCCUUUUUAUAAUUUUUUAAAAUUAAUUUUCACAUUUAAACAUUAUCAUCAUAUAAACCAUAACAAACAACUUCAAUAAAAUAAAAAAUAAAAAUAGAAAAUAAAACAUCUUCACACCAUAUUAAAUCCAUAUUUUGGGAUUAUUCAGAUCCCCUGACUUCCCUCCAUUUCCUCUCCUGGUUCUUUUAUAAUAUAUUAUACAUGUCUAUAAUUUAUUAAAUUUAUUAAAAUUUCCAAUUUUAAACAUUCUUAAUAUUACAAGUGUUUUUAAAAGCCUGCUAUUGUAUUAACUUCUUUUACAAUGCCUUUGUAAAUAUGCAGUAAACAUUUCCCAUUCUUUUUUAUAUUUGUGGUCUUCUUGAUUUCUUAGACUUUCUUCCAGUUAAUUUAGCCAUUUCAGCAUAUUCCAUUAAUUUAAAUUGCCAAUCUUCUUUGGUUGGCACUUGUUCUUUCCAAUGUUGAGCUAUCAAUAUCCGGGCGGCUGUUGCUGCAUACAUAAACAAGUUUUUAUAUUCUUUCGGUAUAUCUAUUCCAGUUAUUCGUAUUAAAAAGGCUUCUGGCUUUUUAACAAAUGUUAUUUUUAACAUUUCCCCCCCAAUUCAUUAUAAAUCGUUUCCCAGAAACUUAUUAUAACCUUACAUUGCCACCACAUAUGGUAAAAAGUGCCUUCUACUUCUUUAUACUUCCAGCACUUAUGAUCUUUUGUCUUACGCAUUUUUUAUAAUUUAACCAGAGUUAGAUACCAUCUGUACCUUGUUUUCAUAUAAUUCUCUUUAAGAGCCGUACAUGCUGUGAACUUUAUAUCAUUUUUCCAUAAUCUUUCCCAAUCUGUCAUCUGUAUAUUAUGUCCCACAUAUAUUAUGUCUUUUGCCCUUUUUAUCAUAACACUUUUGACCUCUUCGUCCUUUGUUUCCCAUUCCAACAAAAUAUUAUACAUUUUUUAUAGUUAUUUAUAUUCACUUUCUAUUAUUUUUCUCUGGAAUUUUGAAAUUUCAUAUGCAAAUCCUUUCUUUUUAUUUCUUUUAAAUGUUUCAUUUAAUUGAAAAUAUUGUAACCAAUCUGUUACCUCUUCUUUUAUUUCAUUAUAUUCCUUUAAUUUUAAUUUAUUAUCCACUUCCAUUAACAGCUCUCUAUAUGUUGCCCAGUUGGGUUUAUUUUUUUGAAUGCUAUUGCUUCCAGUGGCAAAAGCCACCAUGGUGUUUUUUGUUCUAAUAGAUCUUUAUAUUUCCCCCAAACUUGAAAAAUUGCCUUUCUUAUUAUGUGGUUCUGGAAGCUUCUAUGUACCUUGGCCUUCUGUUAAUAAGCCUACAUUCUUUAAUGUUAUCCAAUCCUGUAUCCAACACAAACAAGAGGCUUCAUAGUAUAAUUUUAUAGCUGGUAGUGAGAAGCCUCCUCUUUCUUUAAGGUCUGUUAAUAAUUUAUAUUUUAUUCUUGGCUUCUUGCCUCUCCAAAUGAAUCUUGAAGUAUGUCUCUGCCACUCUUUAAAGCAAUUCACAUUACUUAUCACCAGGAUUGAUUGAAAUAAAAAUAACAUUUUUGGCAAUACAUUCAUGUCAGCUUCGUUCCGGAGCUGACAGAGGCUGGGAAUGAGAACAGACAAAGAGAGAUAAGGACACAGGAAUGUGAGCUGGAAUGUGAGAGGGAGGAGGGCAGCCUAGCGGCAUGGCUUCAGAGAACAGAGAGCAGGCAGCAGAUAGCAAUGGUAAUCUGAUCCCUGAGCAUAGUGACCAAGGAAGGGAGAGCCAGAGCAGGGAUAAACAAAAUACCAAUCUUAGAAACAGAUGGAGAGAGGCCAGGAAUAGCCAGCCCAAAAACUCGAAGGCGCGAAAAGGUCAGUGAGAGGAGGGAAAAAGAGCGGAAGUGAAAGGGUUUUUUCCCCUGUUGGAAGAAGAGGAAGGGAUGGAGUUUAGACUCGGCAACUGAGAACUUGGAGUCAGACACAGAGUGAAGGAGCUCCAGAGUGAUUUAUGUGUUUGAGCAAUAAACCUGAGAUAAUUACUACCGGUAUCUCGCUUCUGUGGGAGAGCCAAGCCAUUACAAUUCAUGUGUGGCCUCACUGGCCACUGGUGUGUAUCACCAACUAUAAACUUGGGACACAGAGCAGGCCAGCAAUUUCACGUGUCUGUAAGGAUGGAGCUACAGCCCAAGAUAGGAAAAGAGGUGGUAAGGAAACACCUAGCUACUUUAAAUGAAUUCAGAUCUGCAGGGCCUGGUGAGCUGUGCCCCCAAAUACCUCUGCCUUGCUUUCCAUAUUGCAUUUAGAAGAUACUCAUUCCAGACUCAAAUUCCAGACACGUGAAAUUGCUGGCCUGCUCUGCGUCCCAAGUUUAUAGUUGGUGAUACACACCAGUGGCCAGUGAGGCCGCACAUGUGGGGCAUCGUUGCUCUCCUGGCUUCUUAACACCACUGUCACUGGUGAUUAUUGGGAAGGAGAGCAGAGGUGCAAGGUGAGGAGAGCUUAGCCAGGUAAGGCUGCAUCUUAUUGGAUGGAGACACUGAAAUUACAUAUUGUAACUAUGUUUAAAACAAGGAACUAGGCAGAGGGCCUUCUUAAUAGUGGCACCCACCCUGUGGAACGCCCUCCCAUCAGAUGCCAAGGAAAUAAAUGACUUUUAGAAGACAUCUGAAGGCAGCCCUGUUUAGGGAAGUUUUUAAUGUCUGAUGUCUUAUUGUUGUUUUAAUUGUGUUGGGAGCCUCCCAAUGAGGCUGGGGAAAACCAGCCAGAUGGGCUGGGUAUAAAUUCUUCUUCUUCUUCUUCCUCUUCAGGUCCCAGGCCCACAGUGUUCUUGCAGCAUGGCUUGCUUGGUUCUAGCAGUAACUGGGUGUUUAAUAUGGACUACAACAGCCUGGGCUUUAUAUUGGCUGAUGCUGGUUAUGAUGUUUGGCUUGGAAACAGCAGAGGUAACACUUGGUCCAACAAACACAACAACUAUACUGAGAAGCAUCAAGAAUUCUGGCUAUUCAGGUAGAGUGAGCUUUCUAAACCUAAUUUCUUGUUUCUGGUUCCUAGUUCACCCUUUGGGGAAAACUUUAAUUAGUCAUGCUCUUCCUAGUGGAGCCAUGUUUUUCCACCUCCUCUUAUAAUAUAUGAUAUGGAGAUAUAGAAAUACAUUUCCAAGUAAGUAAAAUUGGUAGUUGUCCCUUUAAACAAACAAACAAUUUGUUUGUUCCUGGGGAAAAUAUGGCCUUGGUGAAAUGUGGCCUUGGUGAACUCUGUAGAAUAGAUGAUAGCAGAUCAGCUUAACUUCAGGUGCAAUUAGACUUGAUCUGGAGAGACUCAAUAUUGGUCCUUCUGAAUCUCUGCUGGAAUUUGAAGCUCCUCAGACAGAUAUGGGUUGGAGGGAAAGCAGAGUCCUCUCCUGCCCACAGCAUAAAUACUGUUCCUCCUGAAACUGACUUUUUCAAAAUGUUUUUGGUUUCCCAAUUGCAGGCACAUGGUUGCUCUUAACUGUGUGGUGGGCAUUUUCAGUUUGCAGUGAACAGCUCAUAGUGUGGCCUUGCUUGCUAGUGAACACUGAAAAUGGAAAUAUAUAAGGAAGAUGAGUCAUGGCUUAAUUCAGAUAACUGUUUCACAAAUGUUCUUAGACUUGGUGACUUGAUGGAUCCAUGGAGGAGAUGAUCUCUGAUCUGCCAGAUCCAAGCCUGUUCUUGUAUUGAACUGGGAGGAGAACAGGGCAUUUUAGGCUUUCACAGUGGAGAUCCCACUGCAUAUACGUGUCUGUUAAACAUAGGCUGUUCCUUUUUCUUUGCAGUUUUGAUGAAAUGGCUAAAUACGACCUUCCAGCUUCAAUAAACUUUGUCCUGAACAAAACUGGUCAGGAAAAAAUAUUUUAUGUUGGUCAUUCCGAGGGCACCACAAUGGGUAUGUUAGCAAGAUUCUUAAACACAUGCGGGCAGUUCUAUUUGCUACAUAAUUAUAUGUGCAGUUGCUGUUGUAUAUUAAAUUCAAGAGACAUCUUGCUCAUGGUACAGUGAUGUUCCAUGGAACCUAUGGACACCUAUGGAGAAGCAUCUUGAAUAACAAUCCCUGUAUUUGGGUUUCCUGCGUUUUCUUUCCUAGUGAUAUUUCACAUAUAGGUGAUGAUUCAAAUUGGUUAAGGGGCUUAUAAAAAGUGGUUUGUCUGGACUGAGAAACUGUUAAAAUCCUGGAUUGCAAACCAGUAUCAAGCCUAGUUUGCAGUCAGAGUUUAGGUAACAGUUUCCCAGUCUGGAUGUAACAGGAAGCUAUAGUUUAACAACCCUAGGAUGAAAUAUGUUAAGGCCCCUGAGACAAGAGGAGAAGAGAACUUGUUGGCUGAACACUCCUUCUUGGUCUGAUAAAUCAUAGUUCUCUAACCAAACCGGUUUGAAAUUCACCUCACCUCUGACUCUCACUUCAUGUUUUAUUGGUUCUUAGUACAGCCUAGAGUAGCUGGAGAAACCCAGAUAGAUGGGCUGGGUAAUUAUUAUUAAUGUUGUUAUUAGCCACAGAAUGUAUUGCGUAAGUGAAUUUACAAUUAUUACACCACUGAGGAAAUAUAUGCAGCACUAAAAAGUUUUAAGUAGGUCAGAAACAAGGCAGGGCCUUUUCUGUUGUGAUGUGUAGAUUAUAAUGCACCAUUUCUAGUAGGGUCCUAGGUCAAAAUGAUCCCAGAUCCUCAGAUUUCAGGACCCAAACCUGAGACCUAGUGGAGUUGUUAUAGGGGUGGCUGUUGGUGGUGUCAGAGAGGUGAACCCCAGGGAUGUCAUGAAAAAUGGCACAUUAAUCAUGGUCUCUGAGAGCAUGGCAUUCAAAUAAAAAGCUACUGGUUGGAAAUCAAGACAAGAACCUCAACUGAAGGGUUGUGUGCCCAGCUACAGCUGCUCUACGAAUUACUAAAGAUUCUUGCUAUGAAGGGGUUGAAUAAGAGUGGUACUGGAGAAGUCAGUAUAAGGUGCAUUUUCAGCUCUGCAACAGCUGAAAGUCUGUAAAUUUUGAUAAUACGCCCGAUUUGCAAUUUAGGUUGAAAAAUUUCAAUUGCAACUGUUUUUCUGUCUUCAGUCCAGAUUUUAGUUUGGAAAAAUCCUCCAUUUCCUUAAACACACUGCUCCCUCUUCCAUCAUGUCAUUGAUCUGUAUCUCAGGUUACAUGCAUUUCAGAUUACAUACGCUUCAGGUUACGGACUCCGCUAACCCAGAAAUAGUGCUUCAGGUUAAGAACUAUGCUUCAGGAUGAGAACAGAAAUCAUGCUCCGGCGGUGCGGCAGCAGCAGGAGGCCCCAUUAGCUAAAGUGGUGCUUCAAGUUAAGAACAGUUUCAGGUUAAGUACGGACCUCCGGAACGAAUUAAGUACUUAUCCCAAGGUACCACUUUAUAUCCAAAAGGAUUUCUUGGUGGUUUCUCUGCUUCAGAUUGUUGUUGUUGUUGUUUAGUCGUUUAUUCGUGUCUGACUCUUCGUGACCCAUGGACCAGAGCACGCCAGGCACUCCUGUCUUCCACUGCCUCCUGCAGUUUGGUCAAACUCAUGUUGGUAGCUUCGAGAACACUAUCUAACCAUCUCAUUCUCUGUUGUCCCCUUCUCCUUGUGCCCUCCAUCUUUCCCAACAUCAGGGACUUUUCCAGGGAGUCUUCUCUUCUCAUGAGGUGGCCAAAGUAUUGGAGCCGCAGCUUCACAAUCUGUCCUUCCAGUGAGCACUCAGGGCUGAUUUCCUUAAGAAUGGAGAGGUUUGAUCUUCUUGCAGUCUAUGGGACUUUCAAGAGUCUCCUCCAGGACCAUAAUUCAAAAGCAUCCAUUCUUCGGCGAUCAGGCUUCUUUAUGGUCCAGCUCUCACUUCCAUACAUCACUACUGGGAAAACCAUAGCUUUAACUAUAGGACCUUUGUUGGCCAGGUGAUGUCUCUACUUUUUAAGAUGCUGUCUAGGUUUGUCAUUGCUUUUCUCCCAAGAAGCAGGUGUCUUUUAAUUUCGUGGCUGCUGUCACCAUCUGCAGUGAUCAUGGAGCCCAAGAAAGUAAAAUCUCUCACUGCCUCCAUUUCUUCCCCUUCUAUUUGCCAGGAGGUGAUGGGACCAGUGGCCAUGAUCUUCGGUUUUUUGAUGUUGAGCUUCAAACCAUAUUUUGCGCUCUUCUCUUUCACCCUCAUUAAAAGGUUCUUUAAUUCCUCCUCACUUUCUGCCAUCAAGGUUGUUUCAUCAGCAUAUCUGAAGUUGUUGAUAUUUCUUCCGGCAAUCUUAAUUCUGGCUAGGGAUUCAUCCAGCCCAGCCUUUUGCAUGAUGAAUUCUGCAUAUAAGUUAAAUAAGCAGGGACACAAUAUGCAGCCUUGCCGUACUCCUUUCCCAAUUUUGAACCAAUCAGUUGUUCCAUAUCCAGUUCUAACUGUAGCUUCUUGUCCCACAUAGAGAUUUCUCAGGAGACAGAUGAGGUGAUCAGGCACUCAUUUCUUUAAGAACUUGCCAUAGUUUGCUGUGGUCGACACAGUCAAAGGCUUUUGCAUAGUCAAUAAAGCAGAAGUAGAUGUCUUUCUGGAACUCUCUAGCUUUCUCCAUAAUCCAGCGCCUGUUUGCAAUUUGGUCUCUGGUUCCUCUGCCUCUUCUAAAUCCAGCUUGCACUUCUGGGAGUUCUCGGUCCACAUACUGCUUGAGCCUUCCUUGUAGAAUUUUAAGCAUAAACUUGCUAGCGUGUGAAAUGAGUGCAAUUGUGCGGUAGUUGGAGCAUUCUUUGGCACUGCCCUUCUUUGGGAUUGGGAUGUAGACUGAUCUUCUCCAAUCCUCUGGCCACUGCUGAGUUUUCCAAACUUGCUGGCAUAUUGAGUGUAGCACCUUAACAGCAUCAUCUUUUAAAAUUUUAAAUAGUUCAGCUGGAAUACCAUCACUCCCACUGGCCUUGUUAUUUGCAGUGCUUUCCAAGGCCCAUUUGACUUCACUCUCCAGGAUGACUGGCUUAAGGUCAGCAACCACACUACCUGGGGUGUACGAGCCAUCCAUAUCUUUCUGGUAUAAUUCCUCUGUGUAUUCUUGCCACGUCUUCUUGAUGUCUUCUGCUUCGGUUAGGUCCUUACCACUUUUGUCCUUUAUUAUGGUAAUCUUUGUAUGAAAUGUUCCUUUCAUAUCUCCAAUUUUCUUGAACAGAUCUCUGGUUCUUCCCACUCUAUUGUUUUCCUCUGUUUCUUUGCAUUGCUCAUUUAAGAAGGCCUUCUUGUCUCUCCUUGCUGUUUUUUGGAAAUCUGCAUUCAAUUUCCUGUAUCUUGCACUAUCUCCCUCGCAUUUUGCUUGCCUUCUCUCACCCAUUAUUUGUAAGGCCUCGCUGGACAGCCACUUUGCUUUCUUGCAUUUCCUUUUCAUUGGGAUGGUUUUCUUUUCUUUUUUUAAAAGAUAUUUAUUAGAGUUUAAGUAUUACAAAAAAAGAAAAAAGACAAAAAGAAAUACAAGCAAUGAACAGUUACAAAACCUCAAAAACAAAAGGAAAUACAAUAAAACAAAACAUCAACAGUACAUCAAAACAUUAAAAAAGAAAAAAAACAGAAACAUUUAAAAAACACAAACCUUUAAAAAAAUAGAAGGAAAAAAGAAAAAAAAGAACAAAAAAGACCCCUUAUUUUCAUAUCCUUAUCUUUCAUUUGCUUAUUUCCUCGACUUCCUCACACCUCCUUUUUUGUAUUCUAGUUCAAUUAAUUGUUCCAGCAAGUCCUUUCCCUCUUUCUCAAAUUUAGUUCCAUAAUUUAUCUUAACGCAAUUUAACCUUAAGUUUGCACCUUUACCCAUUGUCAAUCUAUUCAUACUUAAUUCUUUAUAACAUUUCUACUAAAGUCAUAUAACUUCUUUCCAGCAUCCUUCUAACAUUCAUUAAUUUUACAAUAUUUCUGUAAAUAUACUUUAAAUUUUUUCCAAUCUUCCUCCACCAACUCUUCUCCCUGGUCUCGGAUUCUGCCAGUCAUUUCCGCCAGUUCCAUGUAGUCCAUCAGCUUCAUCUGCCAUUCUUCCUUGGUAGGUGGAUCUUGUGUCUUCCAGUGCUUUGCGAUAAGUAUUCUUGCUGCUGUUGUGGCAUACAUGAAAAAAAUUCUAUCCUUCUUUGGCACCAGUUGGCCUACCAUGCCCAGGAGAAAGGCCUCUGGUUUCUUUAGAAAGGUAUAUUUAAAUACCUUUUUCAUUUCAUUAUAGAUCAUCUCCCAGAAUGCCUUAAUCUUUGGGCAUGUCCACCAAAGGUGAAAGAAUGUACCUUCAGUUUCAUUACAUUUCCAACAUUUAUUAUCGGGCAAAUGGUAAAUUUUUGCAAGCUUGACUGGUGUUAUGUACCACCUGUAAAUCAUUUUCAUUAAAUUCUCUUUUAAGGCAUUACAUGCCGUAAACUUCAUACCAGUGGUCCAUAACUGUUCCCAGUCAGCCAUCAUAAUAUUAUGUCCAACAUCUUGUGCCCAUUUAAUCAUAGCAGAUUUCACCAUUUCAUCUUGAGUAUUCCAUUUCAACAGCAAGUUAUACAUUCUUGACAAAUUCUUAACUUUAGGGUCUAACAAUUCUGUUUCCAGCUUUGAUUUUUCCACCUGGAAGCCUAGUUUUUUAUCCAAGUUAUAUGCCUCCAUUAUUUGGUAAUAAUGGAGCCAAUCUCGUACUCUGUUUUUAAAUUUUUCAAAGCUCUGCAGUUUUAAUCUGUCACCCUCUUGUUCCAAAAUUUCCCAAUACUUCGGCCAUUUGGCCUCCAUAUUGAGUUUUUCUGAGCCUUUGCUUCCAUUGGUGACAGCCAUCUUGGGGUUUUAUUUUCUAACAAAUCCUUAUAUCUUAUCCAGACAUUAAACAGUGCUUUUCUUACAAUAUGGUUUUUGAACGCUUUGUGUGCUUUAACCUUAUCAUACCACAAAUAUGCAUGCCAACCAAAUACAUUAUUGAAACCUUCCAAAUCCAAAACAUCCGUGUUUUCAAGAAGCAUCCAUUCUCUCAGCCAACAAAAAGCGGCUGAUUCAUAAUAAAGUUUUAAGUCUGGCAGGGCAAAUCCACCUCUUUCUUUAGCAUCAGUUAAUAUCUUAAAUUUUAUACGAGGCUUCUUGCCCUGCCAGACAAAUCUGGAGAUAUCUCUCUGCCACUUCUUGAAACAGUCCAUUUUGUCCAAAAUUUGCAGUGUUUGAAACAAAAACAGCAUUCUUGGCAAUACAUUCAUUUUUAUCACAGCAAUUCGGCCUAGCAACGAUAGCUUCAAAUUUGACCAUAUUUCUAAGUCUUUUUCACUUCAGUCCAACAUUUUUCAUAAUUAUCCUUAAAUAAAUUCACAUUCUUAGCAGUCAUAUUAACCCCUAAAUAUUUCACUUUCUUAACCAGUGUCAGUCCUGUCUCCUUCUGAAACUUCUCUCUCUCAAUCUCAUUUAGAUUUUUUUCCAAAACUUUAGUUUUCGUCUUAUUCAACUUAAAACCUGCUACCUGACCAAAUUCUUGAAUCAGUUCCAGUACUCUUUUAGUGCUUGAUUCUGGCUCCUGUAAAGUCAAUACUAAGUCAUCUGCAAAUGCUUUCAGUUUGUACUGUUUAGCUCCCACUUGUAUACCUUUAACCAAUUGGUCCCUUCUAAUCAUAUUUAGCAGAACCUCCAGGACCGAAAUAAAAAGCAAUGGAGAGAUUGGGCAACCUUGUCGUGUUCCUUUCUCAAUCUUAAAUUCUUCCGUCACUACAUUAUUCACAAUUAAUUUAGCCUUUUGUUCUGAGUAGAUUGCACCUAUACCAUUUCCAAAACCUUUACCAACCCCCAUCCCCAAUAGAUUCUUCUUCAUAAAACUCCAAGAAAUAUUGUCAAAGGCUUUCUCCGCAUCCACAAAAAUCAGAACUGCUUUAGUAUUAAUCUUCACUUGUAGCUUUUCUAAAAUAUUAAUUAUAUUCCUCAUAUUAUCAGACAAAUGUCUGCCCGGGAGAAAGCCCGCUUGGUCUUUAUGAAUUUCUUCUGCUAACACCUUUUUUAAUCUUUUAGCGAAAUGUCUGCAAAAAUUUUAUAAUCCACGUUAAGCAGUGAUAUGGGACGGUAGUUUUUAAGUUGCGUCUUUACAGACUCUGAUUUUGGUAUAAGUGUAAUGUAUGCUUCUUUCCACGACUCAGGUGCCCUUUUCCCUUCCAAUAUUUCAUUACAGACUUCCUUUAAUGGUUGUAUUAACCAUUCUUUCAAAGUUCUGUAAUAUCUAGAAGUCAGUCCAUCCGGUCCUGGAGAUUUACCUAAUUGCAUAUUCUGAAUGGCCCCUUCUACUUCCUGAUCCGUUAUUUUGUAAUCCAGCAUUAAUUUAUUUUCUUGGGAAAUUUUUUGUAGUCCAUUUAUUUUCAGGAAUUUAUCAAUGUCCAUUUCAUUCUGCUUUUCUUGUGUAUAUAAUUGUUUGAAAUACCUCUGGAAGCACUUUCUGAUUUCCACUGGAUUCUGUAUAUUCUUUCCUUCCACUUCCAGAUUCGUAAUGGUAUUUAAUUUUUGUCUUUUUUUCAAUUGCCAAGCCAGCAAUUUCCCACACUUAUUUGCUGAUUCAAAUGUCUUUUGUCUCAUCUGUUUAAUCUUCCAUUCUAUUUCCUGAUUCAUCAUUUUCAUAUAUUGUACUUGGUAUAGCUUUAUUUCUUUCAAAAUCUCCUGAGACUUUGGUUUCGCCCUCAGUUUCGUCUCUCCUUCCUUUAUUUUUUCCAAAAUUUUAUCUUUUUUCUCAUUUUGCAUUCUCUUCUUAAUUGCGUUCUGUUGUAUCAAAAAGCCUCUCAUGACGGCUUUACUUGCAUCCCAGAUUACUAUUUUUUCCACUGUAGUGUUCAUGUUUAUCUCGAAAUAAUCUCUCAAAGUUUUUUGGGCCUUUUUAAUAAAUUCAUCAUUCCUAAACAAAGAGUCAUUCAUCCUCCAUCUAAAGGAACCAGUUGGCAUUAAUUUCAUUUCCAUCUUCACAGCAUUAUGAUCAGAGCUGGUCUUGGGGCAAAUUUCAACCUUGCUAAUCUUUGGAGCCAGUCCUCUAGUUACCCAGAUUUGGUCAAUUCUUGUCCAUGUCAUUUUAGCCUCAGAGAAGAAAGUUCCCUCUCUUCCCAGAGGGUUCUUCAUUCUCCAAAUGUCAAUUAAGUCCAUGUUUUCAGUCAUGUCAAAAAAUGUUUUUGGUAGUCUUCCAUCCUUAGUGAUUAUUUGUCUUUGCGCCUUAUCCAUGUUUGUGGAUACCACACCAUUCAUAUCUCCCAUCAGAAUCAUAUUGUAGUCCAAAUAGUCCAUCAAGAUUUCAUGUAGCUUUUUAAAGAAUUCCGAUUUCCCUUCAUUUGGUGCAUAAAUACCCUUUAUCAAAAAUUUAUCUCCUUGUGAUUGGAUUUCAAUUGCUACAAAUCUUCCUUGUUCAUCUUUAAAGAUAAAUUUAGGUGAUAGGCUCUCCUUUGCAUAAAGAACCACUCCUCUUUUUUUAACUUUAUCCGAUGAGAUAAAUUCUUGGCCUAAUAUUUUAUUGCUCAAUAAUUUCCUGUGUAACCUUGUCACAUGCAUUUCUUGUAGACAAAUCAAGUCCAAUUGCUCUUUUUUCAAUAAAUGAAACACUCUUCGCCUUUUUUCCGAACUGUUGAGGCCAUUCACAUUCCAACUCAAGGCCUGCAACGCCAUCCUGUGGCUACUUUGGUGCUCCCCCAACUGCCCCCAGAGCUUGCUCCUCUCGUGUUGGUGGUAACGUUGGCUCGUUAACAGGGGGGGUCCAGUCCAAAGGACAAUGCUGAAAUGUCCAGGGUAUCUUUUUUUGUUGGUGCUCUCUCCCAUACUCUUUGUUCCAGUCCUCUGUCUGGUGAUCCUCUUUCCGAUGUUAUUGGCUCUUUUCCAAUUCCCUUCUGUAGGUCUUCUUUGUGGUUAUACAGGAACUUUGUUUUAUCUUCUACUGAUCUUAUCUUUAUUUUCCUUCCUUUAAAACUAAAGGAUAAGCCUUGAGGAAAUUCCCACCGAAAGUUGAUUUUGUUCCUUCUCAACAGUUCAACCAAAUCUCUGAAGUUAAAUCUCAAAUCUAAAAGAUAUUUAGGGAUAUCUUUAAAUAUCUCCACUCUAAAUUGGUGUAUUGCCAAGGCCUCCUCGUAAUGCCAACUCAAGAUUUUAUCCCUCUCUUCUUUGGAUCGGAGUGUAAUCAAACAGUCUCUUAUUCUGUUCUUCUCCUUCUUCCCUCCUCUUCCAAGUCUAAAGGCUCUCACAAUUUUAAACUCCUCUUUUUGUAAAUCCCGGUUCCAAUAGGCUGCAAAUUCCUCUGUAAGAUAGUCUAUCAAAGAGUCUUUUUCUAGUUCAGGUACUCCCCGAAUUCUCAAAUUUGUCUGUUUCUCCUUGAGCUCAAACAUAGAAAGCAUCUGCUUCUGGUCUUGUACUUGUUUCCACACAUCUGGGACCUCUAUUUCCAGUUGUGCUACCUUCGCUUCAACAGUAACAAUCUUUUCCUUAGCUUCCUCUGCAGUCUGUCUAGUUGAAUUAGACUCCAUAACUAAUGUCUCUAUAGCUUCUGUAUUAGAGUUAACCUUUUGUUCCAAGCUUUUUAUGCUUUGUGUAUUUUGGUCCAAUUUUUGUGAGUUUUGGUCCAAUUUUUUAUUCAUUUGUUCCAAGGAAUUGUUAAUUUUACUCAAAACAAGUGCCCAAUCUUCUUCCGAAGGCAUUCCUCCUUUUGGUUUAGUAUACAUUGACGCAGCUGCAGAGGAAGCAGGAGGGCCAGAUGUAGUACCUCUCCGAAAAGACCUCCCAGACCUUGUUGUCUUUUCUUGUAAAGAAGAAUCUAUUUUUUCUUUCCCAUCUGCCAUAACACUCAAGGCCCUCAAGGUCAGGUACAGUCCCAGAGUUUUAUCUUUAAAACUGGAAAAUUCCACUCCUUGUAGCAGUUGGGAUGGUUUUCGUUGCUGCCUCCUGUAUAAUCUUGCGAGCCUCCAUCCAUAGUUCUUCAGGCACUCUGUCCACCAAAUCUAAAUCCUUAAACCUGUUCCUCACUUCCACUGUGUAUUCAUAAGGGAUUUGAUUUAGAUUGUAUCUUACCGGCCCAGUGGUUUUUCCUACUUUCUUCAGUUUAAGUUUGAAUUUUGCUAUAAGAAGCUGAUGAUCUGAGCCACAGUUCGCUCCAGGUCUUGUUUUUGCUGACUGUAUAGAGCUUCUCCAUCUUUGGCUGCAGAGAAUAUAAUCAAUCUCAUUUCGAUGCUGCCCAUCUGGUGAUGUCCAUGUGUAGAGUCGUCUUUUGUGUUGUUGGAAAAGAGUGUUUGUGAUGACCAGCUUGUUCUCUUGGCAGAACUCUAUUAGCCUUUGCCCUGCUUCGUUUUGAACUCCAAGGCCAAACUUGCCAGUUGUUCCUUUUAUCUAUUGAUUCCCUACUUUAGCAUUCCAAUCCCCUAUAAUGAGAAGAACAUCCUUCUUUGGUGUCAUUUCUAGAAGGUGUUGUAAGUCUUCAUAGAACUGGUCAAUUUCAGUUUCUUCAGCACCAGUAGCUGGUGCAUAAACUUGGAUUACUGUGAUGUUAAAAGGUCUGCCUUGGAUUCGUAUCGAGAUCAUUCUAUCAUUUUUGAGAUUGCAUCCCAAUACAGCUUUUGCCACUCUUUUGUUGACUAUGAGGGCCACUCCAUUUCUUUUACGGGUUUCUUGCCCACAGUAGUAGAUAUGAUGGUCAUCCGAGCUGAAUUCGCCCAUUCCCAUCCAUUUUAGUUCAUUGAUGCCCAGGAUGUCAAUAUUUAUUCUUGCCAUCUCAUUUUUGACCACAUCCAACUUACCUAGGUUCAUGGUUCUUACAUUCCAGGUUCCUAUGCAAUAUUUUUCUUUACAGCAUUGGACUUUCCUUUCGCUUCCAGGCAUAUCCGCAACUGAGCAUCCUUUCGGCUUUGGCCCAGCCGCUUCAUCAGCUCUGAAUCUACUUGUACUUGUCCUCCGCUCUUCCUCAGUAACGUGUUGGAUGCCUUCCGACCUAAGGGGCUCAUCUUCCAGCGUCAUAACUUUUAUAUGCCUGUUGUCUUUGUCCAUGGAGUUUUCUUGGCAGGGAUACUGGAGUGGCUUGCCGGUUCCUCCUCCAGGUGGAUCACGUUUGGUCAAAACUCUCCACUAUGACCUAUCUUGGGUGCCCUGCUCGGCAUAGUUCAUAGCUUCUCUGAGUUAUUCAAGCCCCUUCGCCACGGCAAGGCAGGGAUCCAUGAAGGGGUGCUUUAUUAAAAUAAACUAAAUAAUAAACACCUCCUUUAGUCUAGAACGGGGUAGUCAACCUUUUUAUACUUGCCGCCCACUAAUGCAUCUUUCUUGAUGGUAAAAUUUCCUUACCACCCACCAGUGCUCGAUGGAAGGAGGAUUCAGCUUGUGCCGUAGAACCCCCUACCGCCCACCUAGAAUCUUGAAACGCCCACUAGUGGGCGGUAGGGAGCAAGUUGACAACUCCUGGUCAAGACUCUCUAGUCUCCACUUCUGUUAAUUUUUGCCUUUGCCUCCUCUGACUUAUUUGAGAGCCAUCCAAGAAUUGUUUUGGGGAUUUUUUGCAUGGGGGAAGGCAGGAAGUCUCAGCUAUGGCUGUUACUCUUCAUGUGCUCUGCAGCAAUACACCUUGUGUCAACCACACAUGCACACUCUUAAGGCUCUCCUCCUCUUGAGCCCAGCCCAGUUCCUUUUCUUCCUCUGCACUCCUUCCCACUACAAAGCCCUGGAGAUGGAGGUUAAUGAGGAGAGGGUAGGAAUGAAGGAGGGAAGAGAGUCAAUGUUACAAUUUACAGCCAGCUCUUGCUGAGCUGAAGCUUGCAAUCCUCCUGGAGGGGACCAGGCAAACCUGGAGACUAGGUCAGCCCUAGAGCCCUGGCAACCCUAAUUCCUAGAGAGUUCUGGUUUGCCGCUUCUCUUUUAAGCUUCAAGCCUUUCUAUUCUGUCAGUUUUUCACUAUGAUUUCAUGCUCCUAUUCCACUUCAUUAACACUUUGCAAAACAAUAUGUGAGCUGAAACACAACCAUCCUUCCAAAUUCACACUUCUCCAGAUUUUGAAAUGAACUUCUGCAUCCAAGAAAUGUGUACAAAAAUGUAUAAACUAGGGUAAAAAUGCAUGAGUGGAGAUAGCAUACAAAAGCAUUAUUUUUGGAAAAAGUGCUUUGCAAAACUGUGGGUACUAGGUAAGAUUGCAGGCAAAUUAUGCACACAAUAAUACAAUUGAUUUUCAAAUGAUACAAAUGAUACAAAUGAUUUUCAUAAGCACUUAACAAAUUGCUGUGGAAACAUGGAGAACUCAACUUGAGAUUUGCUCAUCCUCAGUUUUAGCUACAAUUAUUGCUGUUGUGGUUUAUUUCACUAAUCUUGCAAGUGAUUUUGAAUUUAAAAGCAAACUUCAGAUUUAAUUACGAAUAAAUAACAGUUCAUUUUGACUUGAAAAAUGGCCAUAAAUGGUCCCCCACAGGACAUACAACAUUGUGUACUUGAUUGCUUUUGCAUUAUGCAAAAAUUCGGUUUAAGAUUUUGUUAUUGGGUUUUUUCAAGACUGCAUUGCUAACUCUAUUCAUUUCUCUCCUCUCCCCCCACCCCACAGCAUUCAUUGCAUUUUCAACCAUGCCACACCUAGCCAAGAAGAUCAAGAUGUUCUUUGCAUUGGCACCAGUAGUCACUGUAAAGUACUUGACCAACACAGCUUUGACCAAACUUGCAAUGGUUCCUGAACCUAAGCUCAAAGUAUGUAUUUCGGGCAAAAUAUUUGUUCAAACAACAGAAUGCAAAUAUUGCAGGAUGUAGCUAAGUACAGUAUUUGGGAAUGUCUGUUUCAUUUUACCUGAGGCCAUUCAUAAUGCUCUUGGACAUCUAAAAAGCUCAAGCUAGCCAAUGCUGCAACUUGAUAGCACAGUGUCGCUUUGGCUCUUCUGUGCCAGAACUUUUUGGGGGUAAAAAGAAUGAGGGGCUGGCUUUUCUCCCUUGCUAUAUGUGUCAUGGGUUCCAGUUUCUGCUGUGCGCUGAAAAAGAAAGCUGUCGGUGCUCUAUACUUGUGGAUACUGUUUGCAUUCAGUGCCCAUAUUAAAGAAUUUGGCGCAAUUCUCUACGGUUCCUAAUAAAAUUGUCAUGAGAAUCUUGUCAGUAUGGUGGCAGAUCACACCUGUGGGUACCUCAGUUGCCUUUAAAGCAAUACAGUGGUACCUUGGGUUACAUACACUUCAGGUUACAUGUAAUAAUAAUAAUAAUAAAUUUUAUUUAUAUCCCGCCCUCCCCAGCUGAAGCCGGGCUCAGGGUGGCUAACAACAAUAAAACAGUACAAAAGUACAGCAUAAACAACACUCUAAAAUCAUUCAUUAUAAAAUUAAUUAAUUCAAGCCACUGGCAACCAUUGGGCCAGAGCUCCGCGAAGAUUGCCGAGGGAGGGAGUCAGGCUGUGCCCUGGCCAAAGGCCUGGUGGAAAAGCUCUGUCUUGCAGGCCCGGCAGAAAGAUGUCAAGUCCCGCAGGGCCCUGGUCUCUUGUGACAGAGUGUUCCACCAGAUCGGAGCCACAGCCGAAAAAGCCCUGGCUCUAGUUGAGGCCACAGGACCUCUAACUUCUCUGUGGCCUGGGACCUUCAAGAUGUUUUUAUUUGAAGACCGUAAGUUUCUCUGUGGGGCAUACCAGGAGAGGCGGUCCCGUAGGUACGAGGGUCCUAGGCCAUAUAGGGCUUUAAAGGUUAAAACCAGCACCUUAAACCUGAUCCUGUACUCUACCGGGAGCCAGUGCAGCUGGUAUAGCACCGGGUGAAUGUGAUCUCGCAGCGAAGACCCCAUAAGGAGUCUCGCUGCAGCAUUCUGCACCCGCUGGAGUUUCUGGGUCAGUCUCAACGUAGAGCGAGUUACAAUAAUCCAGUCUGGAGGUGACCGUCGCGUGGAUCACAGUGGCUAGGUCAGGGUGAGAGAGGUAAGGAGCCAACUGCUUAGCUUGGUGGAGAUGGAAAAAUGCCGCCUUUGUUAUAGCUGCAAUCUGCGCCUCCAUGGAAAGGGAGGUGUCGAAGAUUACACCCAAACUCUUAACAGACUGUGCUGGCACUAAUUGCGCCCCCGCAAGAGAUGGUAGUUGCCCCCCCAAUCCCAUAUCGCCCCGUCCCAGCCACAGGACCUCUGUCUUCGAAGGAUUUAGCUUCAACCGGCUCCCACGUAACCAUCCAGCCACAGCUUCCAAACAUCUGGUCAGUGUGUCUGGGGCCGAGUCAGGAUGGCCAUCCAUCAACAGAUAGAGUUGGGUGUCAUCGGCAUACUGGUGGCAACCCAGCCCAAAACUCCGAACAAGCUGGGCGAGGGGGCGCAUAAAGAUGUUGAAAAGCAUCGGGGAGUAUCGCACCCUGAGGUACUCCACACACCAAGGAGUGGCGCGAUGACAAUUCCCCCCCAAGCGCCACCCUCUGUCCCCGACCAGAGAGAAACGAGCGCAGCCAUUGAAGGACUGUGCCCUGGAUCCCCACGUCAGCAAGGCGGUGGUCCAGAAGUUCGUGAUUGACCAUGUCGAUAUGCUAACCCUAACCCAGAAAUAGUACCUUGGGUUAAGAACUUUGCUUCAGGAUGAGAACAGAAAUUGCAUGGUGGCGGCCCCAUUAGCUAAAGUGGUGCUUCAGGUUAAGAACAGUUUCAGGUUAAGAACGGACCUCUGGAACAAAUUAAGUACGUAACCAGAGGUACCACUGUAAUGCUGAGCAGUUACAUGGGAAUGUAUUAAUUACAGUAUUGCUUUCUUUACAGUACAGUAAGCCUAUGCUCCAGGGAUCUUGCUUAAAGCCAAAAUCAAGUAGAAUCAAAACCUACGGGGUUCAAUGGCAGGUGGGAUUGCCAAAGCCCUUUUUCCUGAAACCCUGUCCCCUUUCUUUCUUUCUUUCUUUCUUUCUUUCUUUCUUUCUUUCUUUGUUGCGGACUUACUUCCUUACGAACAAGGAAUGGCUGUAGGGGAAGAGAGCCAUGCUGAUCAAAUUACAGGCACAAGCACCCAUUUUUAGGGCUCAGAGAAACUCACUGAUCAUGUUGGAGGCUGUUUGCUUGGGUCUUCUGUGUUGUCUAUCUCUUCCACCCUGCUGCUUUUAGCUCUGUAAUCCAUAAAACAACAUUGGAGCAUGGUCAGUUUUCUCCCCAUGUUAUAGUCACCCUUGGUUGCUAUGCUACACUCCUGUCAUUUUCAGAUUGGAGGAAUAGCUACCUCUUGUAUUUUUAGCCUAGGGUCAAGUCAGGAGACAAAUUAAGUCACUAGGCAUACAAUAGAGCAGUAAGACACUUCUGCUGAAACUACUGGGGAAUUGAAUGAUUUCAAGCACAUCUAUUUAGCUACUGGACAUUUGGCAAAAUGUUUGCAUAACUCAUGUCCUUUGUAUAUUUGGGCUCCUACUGAAAUAGUAUUCAUGUUGUGGGAACCAUUAUAAUCUUGCUUGUUCCUGAACCACUUUAGAAGGACGCCAAAAGUCUAGAAAUCAAUGAAGAAGAUAGACUAUGCGGAAUUACCAAAGCUGACCGGCAAAAUCUGAAACCUGAGUGACAAAGCGUUCCAGAGAGAUUGGAGUAAAUUUAUUCAAUAUAUAGACAGUUAUUGUAAACAUGUAAAGACACUUGCAAGACUGCGAUAAAUCUCACAACGCUCAUUGGAAGGAACCUUCUACUUGUGCUUUAAGAGUAAAAUAACCAAGAAAAAAGUAAAGGAUUGAGAUGGUAUAAAUGUGUGGAAAUAUGAUGUAGUUAUACAAAAACCAGAUAACGGGAUGGAGGGAAGCCGAGUGGUUUGGUGGAGCUAUGAAUUAGUAAAAGGAAAUAAGAUGUUAUAAUAAUGUUAAAAAUGGAAAAUAAUAAUAAAAAUAUUAUAAAAUAAAAUAAAAUAAAGAAACCAAUGCCCUUAGAGGCUAUGUUUGCAUAACUCAUGUCUUUUGCAUAUGUGGGCGCCUACCUAACUAGUGUUCAUCUAACCAUCUGACUCGGUUGCCCCAGCCACUCUGGGCAGCUUCCAACAUAUAUGAAAACAUAACAAAACAUUAAACAUUAAAAAACUUCCCUCUAUAAGGCUGCAUUCAGAUGCCUUCUAAAGGUUGUAUAGUGACUUAUCUCCUUGUCUUGGGGGCUGCAAAGCUCCAUACCCUUCAUCAUUUCUCCAGUGAAAAUAGGGACAUCCUAAGGAACAGUGGAACUUUCUGGGAUCAAAUCAGAAACCAGGAUGGCUUCUGUAAAUCUGGGAUAGCCGCUGGAAAAUAGGGACACUUGGAGGGUCCAGAGGGUCAUUAUGUCUGACUGUGCUUGUGGGAUUUGAAUGGGUAUUCUAUUCUCAUAACAGGUUUUUUUUUGUAGUAUUUUGUUGCUACUCGUUAGAAGUAUCCAUAGGAAAAAAGAGAAUUGACUAACAAAAUGGUGUAUGUACUAAUAUUUUUGUUUUGGCAGAAAAUGUUUGGAACUAAGCAGUUUUUAGCUCAAGACAGAACAAUGAAAUGGUGUGCUACUUCCUUGUGUAACCGUUUCCCAAUGGAUUAUCUUUGUGGCAGUGUUCUCUUCCUGUUGCAUGGCUUUAAUGUGCUAAACUUCAAUGCGGUAAGAUUACUUAGUAGGAGUGUGCUCUAAAAAAAAAGGUAGGUGUAUGGAGGCUUCUCUGAAGUGAUUACUACUUGUGCCAUCCAUAACUUAAUUACAUUCAGACAAAACAUAGAAGAUACCUACACAUUUUGCCCCAUCACUUUGUGUCUAUGAUGGAUAGAGACUUAUUUUUUAAAGGAGAGCUCAGAUUCUGGGGCACUAGUAAAAGGCUUUUACUAGUCUUUGCCCUUUCUUGCUUCCUUUCCAGCCAAUAUUCCUCUAAAUUUUAUUCAUUAUUUACAUUCUACAUUUCACCUGGUGGUCACAGGGUGGGUGGGAUACCUUUUUUAAAAAACAACAACAACACUUUUUUAUAUGUGCUGUAAGCUGCCCAGAAUGGGCGGGAGAUAAAUAUUAUUAUUAUUAUUAUUAUUAUUAUUAUUAUUAUUAUUAUUACAACAAUAAACAGCAGUCAAAAAACAGGCAAUCAUUUAAUCACACAGUUAGGUCCAAUAUAUGUAUAUGGGUUUGUGUGCAUAUGCUUGUAAAAUGGAACUGAACAUUUGUGUGCAUUGAAAGAUGGUGCAUAUCAGCCCAGGAACAUGAAGUGAGAAGCCACAAGUGCACACCAAGGCCAGGUUUGGUACUCAAGCAGCAUAGGGUGAAUUCAUGUCCUGUAGGAGGAACAUACACAAUGCAAUGCCUAUUGCAUCAAUCAUUGUUAGUAACCGUACCUGGAUUGGUUCUAGUUGUACUGUAUGAUGAAAAGCAUUAUAGUUAGGCUGUAAUCUAACCAGAGAGCCAGUGUGGUGUAGUGGUUAAGAGCGAUAGACUCGUAAUCUGGGGAACCGGGUUUGCCUCUCCGCUCCUCCACAUGCAGCUGCUGGGUGACCUUGGGCCAGUCACACUUCUUUGAAGUCUCUCAGCCCCACUCACCUCACAGAGUGUUUGUUGUGGGGGAGGAAGGGAAAGGAGAAUGUUAGCCGCUUUGAGACUCCUUCGAGUAGUGAUAAAGCGGGAUAUCAAAUCCAAACUACUCUUCUUCUUCUUCUUCUUCUUCUUCUUCUUCUUCUUCUUCUUCUCCUCCUCCUCCUCCUCCUCCUCCUCCUCCUCCUCCUCCUCCUCCUCCUCCUCUGCAUAGGUACAUGGGAUGAAGCCUGGUUGAACACAGUACAAUUUGCUUCUUAGUAAAUGUGCAUAGAAUAGCACUGCAAGUAAUUUGAUAUAUAAAAUGUAAAAAAAAUGCAUUUAAGUUCUGGGACAGUUAAAAUUGAAAUGCCUUGCUCUAAGCUAAUUUUCAUUUGUUUGGUUUUUUUGUAACAUCAUAUUGGGAUUAGUAACCAGUUUAGAGUGUCAAGCUGUGUAGUUACUAUGUAAACAUGGAUUCCUGUGUGAUAUCCCGAUGUUGAGCUCUGGUGCACUGCUUUUGUGCAAACAAACCAAAUGGAAGGGAAGUGGCUGUUGCAAUUUGUGAUAAAUUCAGCUAAUCACUUUGCGCUUUCUUACAGAGUCGAAUCGAUGUUUAUUUAUCACACUUCCCAGCUGGGACAUCUAUCCAGAACAUGCUUCACUGGGUUCAGGUAGCACCGAAAUCCUCUUUUCUCUUUAAAAAAAGGUUUCCGUAUCGAUUGAAGAAUGGGCAAUCAGGACAGGCUUUUACAAAGACUUUUAAGAAUGAAAAUAAUAAAUAUGAUUGAAAGAAAAAUUCUUAAUAACUCCGCCUCUCUUUUUACAGACUCCAGAAAUAUGUUUUGUUUUUAUGAGAAAGGGUUUAAAGCUGAGAGAGUUUUAUUGUGUUUAAAUGUUUCCAAACAGGAGUAUUUCAAAAGCUACAGAUACAAUAAUAUCCCCAAUGGAUUUGUUUUUAUUGGCAAAAUAGUCCCUCUGCAUGUAGAUGGACAAAAUACUACGUUUCUGUGGUAUUUUACUGAAUUGUGUCUCAGUGAAGAACCCAGUGCUACUGGAAGCUUUGCCCGCCUGAUUGGACUACAACUCCCAUCAGCCAGGCCACGCUGCCUUGUGCUGAUGGGAGUUGGAGUCCAAAGCAUCAGGAUGGCUCCAGGCUAGACCGGCACUUUAACUUAGUGUCAUCUGAAUUAUUUGUAUAGAAACACAAAGAUGGCUUGCUAAAGCCACACAGUAGAAGCUUGGAGCAUCUAGCUAAGAUGUCCUUUCUGAUCGGAUAUACAUGGUGGAAAAGAAAAUGAAUAAUGGCUUUGGUAAUCUUUCCUUACAAAGUGAGGGGGAAUGACCUAGUUAAGCCUCGCUGGACUGUCUUAAACCCAACAUGCUAACCCAUAGAGCUAAACAUGCUGGUUAUUUGAGGCUCAUAUAUCCCACAAUCGAGUUGUUUCUUCCUAGCCACUGCUUCCCUUGAAGCUGCUCUCUAUUUUGGAUCAAUUGUGUGAAAUAAUCUUUAGGAUGGAGUUGCUGUUUUCUAACUCUGAGUCUGUGACUUAGUCUGGAUAUCUAGAAACACUUCCCUGGGAAUAAGUCUAAUUGAAUGGUUCUUAAUAGACAUGAUUAGACGGUAUCCGCCCUCCCUUCCCCACAGGUGGGUGGGGUUUGCGGCACCAAGCGAGGCUCACCUGGGCGGGUGCCACCCACCUGCUUGAGCUGGCCUUUGACCCACCCUCGGCCAGGGAGGACAAUGGACAGACGGCCGGGGGUGGGCCUAAGGCCAAAAGAAAAGAGGCUGACCCCUGGGCUCAAGCCUCUUUUGCCAUUCUUUCUUCCAGGAACCUAUUAGAACGAUCAAGGAUGUCAAAGCUCUUUGCAAGGUGCUCCUUCUGGAUUCCAAUGCAAACCUCUUCCUGAUUCACUUUAGUAACACUUCCAAUGCAAACUCCUUCCUUCAUCAGGAAGAGGUUUGCCUGGAAUACUGCCAAGCAGAGCAGAAUUUAAAUGAGUGAGAUCAGCUAAUGGGCAAUUGGGUGUCUUUGUGGGAAAGUGUUUGGGUGAGACUGAAUCCCCUGGCAGACUAAGUUGGACUGUGGAGUGGAAAUUCCUGAUCCCUGCACAAUAUUCUGAUUUCUGAGCAAUGGGAUACCUGGGCUACUUAUCCAACCACCCAACUUAAUCCAGAUGCCCAGAGGCAGAGAGGAUAAUUCAUAUUAGAUCAGAAGAGAAAUUUUCAGCCCAAACCUAUGUGUGUAUACUAAAGUCCCCCUAAGUUAGAUGAGAGUUGCUUCUAGGUAGGUGUAAAACAGACAACUCAUAUCUAGUAGGACACAUGUCAAACAUUCUCAAGAUAUCAGAUACACUGAGGAGACGUAGAAGGUUAAGCAGUACUAAAAAACAGGUCUACUGCUUUCAAAUAGCUUUGUGUAGCUUUUUUUGUAUGUUUACAUUAACUUUUGUUCUUCUCACUAAAGAUGAAGUUAGACAUUAUUGCAUAGCCUUAAUCAUAGCAUGGUUUUUGACACGUUCAACAUCCUUGUUUAUGCUGGUACCACGGUGUCAAGGCUGCCUCAGGUCUCAGCUCACAAAAGACCAACGCCAAUCUCUUCUUAUAUACAAAAGUGUUUAUUGCAGUUCAUUGCUUGCUUCAUAUCCGAGGCGCGCAGCCCCACGUCUGUACGCUUAGACCGUUGAAGUCCCCUCUGAGUCAGUCCCUCCCCUGCACCAGUUUAAGAGCCUUGCGCUGCUCCACCUCUUCCUCUCUUUCCUUUUCCGCAGGGUCUUCCUGCCCCCUGGGGUUUCGCCCCUCCUGGAUUCCCCUGACGCGGAAUCUCCAGACUGCUCUCCCCCCCUCCUGCGGGCUUUGGGACCUGGCCCCUCCUCCGGGCUCCCUGUACUUCCACGCGCCUCUACAUUUGAACUUGGCGCACGCGCCCAACCUCUAACCUUCCUUUUGACAGUUACACUACUCCCUUCACUACUCCCCUCCCCUUCCGGGAGGGUGGCUUGCUCCGACCUCCCUCCCUUCUCUGCUGCCGGAGCUGCUUCCCUGAUACACUGGAACCUCCACCCCUUCGCUGCACUCUGGCGGGGAGGCUGGUCCUGACGCCCAGCUGCCACUUUGGGAUCCCCGCUGGCCCCCUGUUCCUGACACGUCCCCCUGGGGCUCCCUGGCCUUGACCACUGGCGCCCCUUCUGGGAAUCCUCUGAUUCGCUGGAAAGACUCAUGGAAUCUCUUGAGUCAUUGUCAUCCUCUUCCUCGCUGUCCUGGGAUUCAUCCCCAUCGCUCUCCAUCUCCUGCCUACCCUGUGCCUCUGUCCCUGAACCCCUGACACACGGUCUAUUCAUAUCACACAAUUCUAUAUCAUCUGCUUUUCCCAUGUGGUUUUUCAAAGUAUGGCACACCUCUUUUUCAGAUUGUGAAGGCUGGGAAGUUCAAAGGCUUUGACUGGGGAAGCAAGGAAGCAAACAUGGCUCACCACAACCAGGUAGGAAUUUAUCACAAAUUCAGUAUUUCUCUCUGUAGGCGUUUAUAUGAGGGUAGAUAGUGGGUAGCUUAAGUAAAUCCAUAGACUGAGCAUGUAUUAAAAGAAUCCAUCUACAAGGUGUUUUUAAGUUUUCCGAGCUUUAUCAGUCAACUAUUUUGUUAUAUAGCAUCCUUUAUACAGAGAACCUUUCAUUUAAAAAGUAUUAAAGUACAAGCUGCAGAGCUGUGCCAGACAGAAAAUUCCUGACUGGCAGGCUUAGUGAAGACCAAACCUGUUAACAUGACAAAAAGUGUUGAUGGCCCAUUGGGGAGAGAAAUCUUUUAGCCUGGAGAAUGAGAUGUUGCCAAGGUGAUAGAGUGUGUAUUUGAGGAGACAGGAAAAGGGUGUUUUUGAGCAAGGAUUGCUGGGAGGAAGAAGCAGGUAGAAGAACAGAGACCAGGGGGACAGAACAGGGGGAACUGGUUUGGAACUGGGGGACAGAACAGGGGGGACUGGUUUGGAAGAGACACCUCAAUCAGAUCAGAGCCAGUGCACCUCUGAACACGGAACUUCAAGUUGAACCAGAGGACAGAGAAAUGAGUACUUAGUGAGAUUCUGUGCCCAGGCCAGGGUGGGAACCAGACGGGUUACCGGUGACUGAGUUACCCAAGCAGGGCGACUUCAGGCUGGAAUCCUCAGUGGCUCCAUCAGCAGGGACCACUUCAGAGCCAGCCUUGCUGAGCUCCCCACUCAGACUGCGGGUACCGGAAGAACCUCCUAGGUCACCCACUCGGGCACAGGAACCGCGAUGGCCCAAGUGGGAGCGGAAAAGGCCGGCACACCUUUAUCACUAUGUUUGUUCCUUUUGUUAGGAAGUUGGGGGGAUGAGUGUUAUGUAUUGGGUUUAUCACAUUUUAUGUUACAAGGCACGUUCUAACCAAUCGUAUAAGCGUUGGUAGACGAACGUUCUAAUGACAAGUAAGCACAUGUACUUUCAGCUGUCAACUUUCAGUGUUCAUGCUCGGGUUUAUUAUUGUGUUGUCCAGUCAGUUUGGUUCUUGUGUUCCUAUGAGUGAGUUGUUGUCACUGAUACGGGAAGGGGGGGUGCCUUCCUUCACCCCCUCCUUUGGUGCGUCCGAGGCGAUGAACUCAAGGGCGCCCACUGUACAUUCACCCCCUCAGCCCCUUCAUCGUUGCACAAGCACCACACUCUAUCCAAACCCCAAGUUUAAAGUGCCUUUCCCUUUUCUACACGGGCGAAAUAAGCCCAAACUCUCAAGCCUCUUUCUCUCCCUCUCGCUCCAUCUUUAUCAUGGGUCGACCGUAUCAAACUGCGUUCCCCAUUUGUUUCAAUGGCCCGCGUUCUAACCAAUCAGAACCAUGCAUCCGCUCUGCAGAAUCAGCUCAGCGAGCCUCUGCACGCCUCAUUUAACCCCUUGACAAGCUACUGACGGCUCCCCGCUGAAAGAACAAUGGAAUCGAAACUCGUGAACUCAUAAAAGUGUCAAAUCUUGCAACAAUGUAUCCAUUUUGUUUCCGACUUCAAUUAUUAAUAUAAGAAUGGACUAGAACGGACUAAAACUUCUAAAAUUCGUAUAAAAUCAACCACAGCUCCGAUUUCCUUGGUUUUGGUGUCGAUCGACUCAGUUUCUUCAGGACUCCAUGACACCUCCUCGCCCUCCAUAAUCCCUCGAGCGAGGAGUCACGUACUCAGGAAGACCCUAAUCCGGUCAAAUCACUCUGCCCAACCUUUCCUCCGGGCAAUGCCAGGUGACAGACUUUGCAUACUUGGACUAUUGUCUUCUCAUCACCGGUACUCAGGAAGCGCUUAUCUGCGCAUAUCUCCAACUCUGCAUAUUCCCCCCCCUCCCUGCUCCAUAUGUUAAUCUGUGUAACCCAACCUCUCUCUAAUGUAUUCAUGAUGUAACCUGUGUAACCCAACCUCUCUCUAAUGUAUUCAUGAUGCAAUUAUGAUGUAUUUUGCACUGUAUUCUGGGACAUGGAGGGAAGUUUCAAAAACUCCUGUCACCCCUUUCUCGGGGUUCAAUCUCGCCUUGAACCUGUUGCGCAAUAAACUUGGAUCUUCUGCAGCUUGCUCCUGUCUCCGGCUGAGCUCAUUUUCUUCCGCAGGGACCCACGGACUUAGUCCGACGAGCUGGGUGGCAGAGUAACCCCGCACCCAGAUUUUACCGUAACAUCACUGACAAAUGUUGAAUAAACUUAGCUGACAAACUUAUAUUGCCUUGGGCUUCUGACUUUUUCUGAACAUUUAACACCACUCUUGCCACCACUCGGCCGUUGGAGGGAUGGGCACCUGACUUUUGUCACAGUAUGCUCACCAAAUCAGAUCCAAAUAUCACCUUUGCUUAUGUGAAGUCAAAAGCCAGUUAACUUCAGUUGAUACAGGUUCAACUCAUGUAAGAGGAUCUGCUACAACUUUACCAACUAUAGCACCUGCAUUGAUAAUCAGGUUUCUAGCUCCAUUUCAUAGAAAUUCCAUGCAUUAUGUAAAUAUAGUGACAACAAUAAUAACUGAUAUGGCAAUAAAUGUGACACAAUUUCCAUUAAAAAUACAUCUUUAAUUUCUUGCAUAGCAGACACCCAUUUUAGGUUCUCCUUAAGUCCACCGGAUGCUACUGUCCUUAAUCUAUAGAUCUCUCUGAUUUCGUUCCUUUUAAAUUGUGUUUACAAUUGUUUCUCAGAACCAUGUAUGUUCUCAAAGCACCAAUAUUUUAGAUUAAGUAUCACGUUGCUCCUCUAUACAGUGUUUAAGCAAUAACACAUUGAGGGGUUUUUUUGUCCUUAUGCAACUUUUGCAUUCCCAUGUCCAGAUCUUAAUCUUUCUUGUGGCAAUGCCAAUGUAUAAAGGCAUUAUCAUUAAUCACUCCCUUGAGUAUUGUGGUUAUAUGCUUCAUUAAGGUGGUAAAUUUGGUUUAAAUCAGGAUUGCACAAGGAAUUCAUUUUACCACCAUUACAACUCCCACAUGGGAAUUAUUUGGCCCAGCUUGAUAAUAUCUAGGAGGUUAAAGAGGUUUUGGAUUUACUUUAAGGUAAAGGGACCCCUGACCAUUAGGUCCAGUCGUGACCGACUCUGGGGUUGCAGUGUUCAUCUCGCUUUAUUGGCCAAGGGAGCUGGCGUACAGCUUCCGGGUCAUGUGGCCAGCAUGACUAAGCUGCUCCUGGCGAACCAGAGCAGCACACGGAAACACCGUUUACCUUCCCGCCAGAGUGGUCCCUAUUUAUCUACUUGCACUUUGACAUGCUUUUGAACUGCUAGGUUGGCAGGAGCAGGGACUGAGCAACGGGAGCUCACCCUGUUGCAGGGAUUCGAACCGCCGACCUUGCGAUCAGCAAGUCCUAGGCUCUGUGGUUUAACCCACAGCACCACCCACGUCCCUUUACUUUAGGAUAUGCCAAAAUAUCUCUUAAAUUAGAUGCACAUUUACUAUAGCAAAUGGUCUCCAGAUUCCCUUGAUAAUAUCUAAUUUCUAUAGCCAAAAAAUGUAUCUCAAAUGUGAAUUUGUUGACAAAUCUGCCAUAUGCCAGGUGUCUAUCUUCACUCCCCUGUCUUAUAAUGAAGAUCAUUUUUUUUUAUGAAGCAAUACAUCACACCAAUGAGGAUUGUUUCCAUUCUUUCUUUCAAAUUUAUCCCUGUAUAGAUUAGCUAACUAAGAUAUGUCUGGUUCUAACAGCCAUACUUGAAAUUUGCCAGAAGAGUCUGUCUUGAAACUGCAAUCAUGUUUCUUCAGUGCUAACAAAACUGGUGCAGUAGGAAGAAUCACAGUGAUGAUAGUUGGGAAUAAUGAGUCAAAGACACUGAGCUGGUUUGUAGGUGACGGUAAGCCAAAUCAAAGCUUGCCAUGAAUGCUGGUGUGGAAGAGCUUCCUGAGAGGAGAUCUGGCCACUUCACUCUUCCCUUGACUCUCCUGCUGCUGCUCUUCUGCACUCUAAUCCGUAGUUUGGUUUAGCAAGUUGCUAAACCCAGGCAUGUGGCUUGUCUUUCUCCAGACACUGCAUGAGUUGUAAAUACGAGAACAAACUUUGGUUCCAUCUUGUGGUUUGUUUGGAGUGAGACAAACCAUGAGCCUGGGUUUGUCCUUCAUGCUAAAGCAGCAGUAAGGAGACCAGAGAAGGGUCAAAGUGUCUGUGCAUUCCUUUGAGGCAGAGUGCACAUUCAUGCUCAGUCAUAGUUUGGCUUAAAGCUACAUGUAAACCAUCCCAUUAUUUUGGAACAAUCAGUAAAUCCAGACAAUCAGUGCUGGAUUUACAGCCAGGCAGAGCGGCCUGCAGCCCAGGGUCUUGGCCACUUGAUAUUAAAAACAAACAAACAAACAAAUUGGCAGAUGUUACUAUCUAGGCUCAGUUGCUUAGUAACAGUAAGGACAAGAACAAAGUUUAGGUUCUCAAAAAAUCAUAGAAUCAUCACAUUAUAGAGUCAAACCCCAUACAAUGCAGGACACCUUUGCCCAGCAUGAGGCUUGAAGCCAAAACCCUGAGAUGUAGAUUGACCAGACAAUCUGCACAGUUUCUUCUCCAUGGAUGGAUUAUGUGCACAACUUCUGAUGAAUGCGCACAAUGCCCAGUUGUUACGCACAUUAACAGUUCAACCUGCAUUCUCCUCAAAUAAGAAAUAUGUUUGUGUUUUGCAUGUUUGUACCUGUGUGUGUGUGUGUGUGUGUGUGUGUGUGUGUUUUGAUCAGGAAGUCUUUGAAGACUGUUUUUAAACUUUUUAUCUUCUCUCUUUUAGUCAACACCACCUUUCUACAGUGUACAACGGAUGACUCUUCCAACAGCUGUCUGGAGUGGUGGUAACGACUGGAUUGCAGACUCAAAGGACAUGGCCCUCUUGCUGCCUCAGAUCCCAAACUUAGUUUACCACAAGGAUAUUCCUGAAUGGCAACAUCUGGAUUUUAUCAUAGGCUAUGAUGCCCCACAGCGCAUGUACAUAGAGAUAAUGGAUUUAAUGCAGACUUAUAUGUGA